AUGGCGUCCAUCCAAGCCCGCGACGUUAACACGGCUCCUGUCACUGCCCCGGCAGACGCGAAGACAGAGGAGCAGCUGCCUGAGAAGGUCGACGAGCGGAGACCUCACUCGGGUGGCGAGAAGGAUGUCUUUGUAGACAUCGACGGAGAGAAGGACCCCGUCGAGGAGGAGGAGUCCGAAAUCCUCGACAACAGGUUUCCCUUCCCGCCUUUGAAAGGCAUUCCCGAUGAGGAGCAGCAGCUGUCCAUUCGUGCCCUGGUCAUUGGUAUCAUCUUAGGAGCUGUUGUCUCGGCAUCAAACAUCUACCUUGGUCUCAAGACUGGCUGGACAUUUGGCGCUUCCUUGUUUGGCGGCAUCCUUGGUUUUGCAAUCAUCAAGCCCCUCUCCAGAGUUGCCCCCAGGUUUUUGGGCGGAGGCUACUUCGGUCCCAAGGAAAAUGUCACUGUUCAGACCGCUGCGACCGCUGCCGGUGGUUUAGGUAUUAUUUUCGUGGGGCCUAUCCCUGCUAUGUACAAGAUGGGUCUUAUGUCAGAAAAGGCUGAGGAUGAUUUUGGAAAGCUUGUCACAUUCUCUAUCUGCACAGCUUACUACGGACUGUUCUUCGCCAUCGCCCUUCGAAAGUUCUACAUCCUCAAGCUCAAGCUCAUCUUCCCCUCUCCUACGGCCGUGGCAUACACCGUUCGAGCCCUGCAUGCAGGUGGUGCCGCCAGUGAGGCUAGCGGCCGCAGGAAGGCAAAGGCACUCGCUAUUGCGUUUGGUGGCGCCGCUACUCUGCGUGUUGUCUCCAUCUACGCCCCCGGUAUCCUGUGGGAUCAUCACGUCUUCUGGUGGCUGUAUACCUGGGGAUGGGACGGCAUCAUUGCCGCCGAAUCCUGGGGCUGGGUCUUCGAAUACACACCGGCUUUCAUCGGUGCUGGUAUCCUCUCCGGCAUGAACGCGUCCCUCUCGUUCUUCGGAGGAAGUGUGCUUGCAUGGGCCCUCAUCGGACCUCUGACUGUCAAAUACGGCGCAGCCUUUGGAAGCCCAAUGUAUGCGGACGAGGAAACUGGCGUUGACCCCUUCCCAGGCUUCAUGUACUACAACUCCUUGUCAAACACGGAGACCAAGCCUUCUCCACGGUACUGGAACCUUUGGGUUGGAAUCAUGUUGAUGCUCUGCGCUUCGUUUGCCGAGGUCGCCAUGAACGGCCCGGUCCUGUACCGAGGCAUGAAGAGGGCCUUCUUCGAGACCGCCGACAAGAUUCCCCAGACACGGGCCUUCGCAUCGAAGCAUCUCACCAACGAGGAGCGAGAAAUCGAGGACCCAUCUCCAAAGUCGGAGCAGGUGCCAACCUGGACCUGGUCUGGCGGUGUUCUCAUAUCCAUCGCCCUGUCCAUGAUCGUGCUGGCUCUUCAGUACCAGGUCAGCCCCGGCCUGACAAUCUUGGCUGUGAUCCUCGCUUUUAUCUUCAGCUUCAUCGCAGCACAGUCCUCCGGAGCCACUGACAUCAAUCCCGUCUCUACAUGUGCCAAGAGCUCACAGCUCGUCUUCGGUGGUGUCACACAAGGCCAGGGUCACUACGGCGAGGCAGCACAGCGUAUCAACAUGACCGGAGGAAUUGUCGCCGCAGGAGCAGCGGCCCAGUCCGUGGACAUGUUGGGAGACUUGAGAACCGGCUACCUCCUCGGUGCCUCGCCACGGGUGCAGUUCAUCGCCCAGGCUGUAGGCUCAGUCUUCAGCAUCGUCCUAUGCUGUGGCUUCUUCGUACUCUUCUCUGAAGCCUACCCGUGUAUUAUCGACCCCAAUCUCGAUGAGUGCCAGUUUGGUAUUCCUUCCGUCGCUGCUUGGCAGGCAACCGCCGUGGCUGUGACCGCUAAGAACUUCCCUGUCCCCUCAUCUUCGGGCAUUACUGCCGUCGUGCUGGGAAUCUUCUCUAUGGUCCUCGUUGCCGCCAAGUACCUCUGGAUCCCGAAGAAGUACCAUGUCUACGUCCCGAACAUGAACGCCGUGGGCCUGGCCUUCACGCUCCCGCAGACGCAGUACAGCACUGCCAUGGCUGUGGGUGCCAUUGCGAGCUACUUCUGGCUGAAGAAGAGCCCGCGCAGCUGGGACGAGUACGCAUACAGCAUAGCCGCCGGAAUGAGCGCCGGAGAGGGUAUCGGCGGUGUGGUCAACGCUAUCCUUCAGGUCGCCGGUGUCGCUGGUGAUACUAAGGGCAGUGCCGUGGCUUGCCCUGCUUACGAGUACUGCGGUUAG